AUGACCUUGGGUCUUCCAGUUGGCGCUAUUAUGAAUUGUGCUGAUAAUUCCGGAGCAAAAAAUUUAUAUGUAAUCUCUGUUAAAGGAAUUCAUGGAAGAUUAAAUAGAUUACCAGCAGCUGGUGUUGGUGAUAUGGUCAUGGCUACUGUUAAAAAAGGAAAGCCUGAUCUAAGAAAAAAAGAUAAUGCAGGUGUAAUAGUGAAUCCCAAGGGAGAAAUGAAGGGUUCUGCCAUUACUGGUCCUGUCGGGAAAGAGUGCGCUGAUCUUUGGCCACGUAUAGCAUCAUCUUCGGGAACUGUGGAAACAUCAAACGCACGCUUAUUAUCUGAAGCGGCUCCUUUUUCGAUUUCGGAGCCGUUGGAACCUGAUGUUGAGGCUGGCCGCGAUUCAAACGUUAGGAUCAAAAAUGUGACUGGAAGAUUAUUAGUUGGAUUAAGGUGGUGGAAUGAUAUUCAACCUGAUGGGACAAACGUUUGGAUGUUUGAAAUAAUAUGGGUUAUUUUUGGACUUCUUUCAUUAACUGAACCAACACGGCUUUUGAUCGUAGCAGUUGCUAUCACAUUAAAUUUGGCGAAUGUAAUUGGUUAUACACAAUGCGAUAAAGAUGCUAAACGUAAAUGGGCUACCGGAUUUGCCACAAGAGCUGCUACAGCGGAUCCAAGUCUUGUUGGACGAUUAUUUUCAGUAGGUUCAGCAGUAGGAAGAUUCUUUAGAUAA